CCGCCCCUCCACCAAGAGUUGACCCUCUGAGUCCGCUGAUAUGGGAACAAAUUCCGAUUGAGAUGAUUAUCUGCAGUUAACUGGAUCUGAAAAUUGCUUCCUGACAGCCUCGAAUCGCAGCUUGGAUUUUUAAAUCCCCAGCAGUGUCGCCGUGGGGCUGCAGGAAAAUGGCAGUCAUUUCAGGGUUCAUCUUUCUGUGUAUGCUCCAUGCUGCAAUCCCUCAAGCUCUCCCUCGUGGCCCACGGCCAAUACCUGGGCGAGGUGACAGUCCAGGCCCAACUCCAAGCCCAACUCCAGGCCCAACUCCAUGCCCAACUUUACCCCCACUGCCACCUGGAGUGUGUAAGGAAAGGAUAAAAGACUGCUGCAUCAACUUAUAUUUCGUCAUUGACACCUCAGAGAGCAUCGCCUUGCAGGAGGCCCCAUUUCCAAUACUGGUGGAGAAGGUCAAGGAGUUCACCAUGAUGUUUGCUGAGAAGCUGGAUAAUGAGGUGUACCGGAACCAGGUCCGGUUUAACUGGUCCAUAGGAGGCCUGCAGUACUCUCAGAGGCAAAAGAUCUUCAGCAAUUUUACAGACAAGGUUGAGUUCGCCGUGAAUGCCAGUAAAAUCGAGUACCUCGGCAGAGGCACCUACACCGACUGCGCCAUCAAAAAAAUGACACAUGAAAUGACCACGAAAAAAAAAAUUACGGAGAAUACUGCCUUCUUCUCUGUGGUCAUCACUGAUGGCCAUGUGACAGGAAGCCCAUGUGGGGGGAUCAAGGAGAUGGCAGAGAAGGCCCGGGACCAGGGGAUCCAUCUGUUCUCAGUGGCAGCAUCCAAGAUCAUUGACAAAUUAGGGAUGAGGGAGAUAGCCAGCUCUCCUAUUGAUGUGUACCGUGAUGAGUAUAUGGCUGUAGAUGGAGGACCAAGAAAAAGGGAUGAAACGAUUGAUCGUAUCAUAAAAGCCAUGAAAUAUCAAGCCUAUUUAAAAUGUUAUAAAGAAGAAUGCCUUAACAUUCCUGGGUUGCCUGGACCAAAAGGGUUUGACGGUCAAAAAGGUAGGAAAGGAGACAGUGGUAUUCCUGGCCCAAAAGGGGAAAAGGGGAGACAGGGUGAUCCUGGCAUUGAAGGUCGAAUUGGGCCACUCGGCAAAAAGGGAGAGACUGGUUUGAAAGGUGACAAGGGUGACAUUGGACUAAGUGGAGCAAGGGGUGUGAGAGGAGUAUCUGGCAGGAAUGGAACUGAUGGACAAAAGGGUAAGAUUGGCCGAAUCGGGGCUCCUGGUUGCAAAGGUGAUCCAGGUGACAAGGGACCAGAUGGCUACCCUGGAAACAUUGGUGAAUCUGGGACACCGGGCAAGAAAGGUGAAAAGGGUGACAGUGGCCUCCCUGGGAAAUCUGGUCUCCCAGGCCCUGAUGGUGAAAGAGGACCAAAGGGUGAAAGAGGAAAUCCUGGAAAUCCAGGAUCGCCAGGAAAAAGGGGAACUCCGGGUAUUAAAGGCUUGCCUGGACCAAAUGGUGAAGAGGGAAGGAGAGGAGACCCUGGAUCAAAGGGAGGACAAGGACCUGAUGGGAAAAAAGGAGAGAGGGGAGAACGAGGGCUACAGGGAGGCAGAGGCCGACCUGGGGAAGACGGACUCAAAGGCGCCAAGGGUGACAAUGGACUACCAGGACCGAGGGGUCGGCCAGGAGAACCAGGAGGCCUUGGAGAAAUUGGCUCCAUGGGAAAUCCGGGAGAUCCUGGACCAAGGGGAGACUCAGGGCCUAAAGGAAUAAAGGGUGACAAAGGAAGGCAAGGAUUCAGCUAUACUGGAACGAGAGGGCCCACUGGAGAAAAAGGUGUUCCAGGCAAAAGAGGGCCCAGGGGGGGCAGAGGUGAAUGUGGCGCCAAAGGAGACCCUGGAGAACCAGGAAAUAUAGGAGAUUCUGGGGAUCCAGGUCAGCCGGGCGAGCCAGGAGAGAGAGGGCCAAGAGGAGACCCUGGACGUGAUGGAGGCCCUGGACCAGAGGGCGAUCCUGGGCUCAAUGACUGUGAUGUCAUGACUUACAUCAGGGAGACGUGCGGUUGUUGUGACUGUGAGAAGUACUGUGGAGCUCUGGACAUUAUAUUUGUAAUUGAUAGCUCAGAAAGCAUUGGGCAGACAAACUUCACCCUGGAAAAGAACUUUGUUAUCAGCACCAUCAAGAGACUGGGAACUAUGGCCAGUGACCCUGCAUCACUCACCGGCACAAGAGUUGGAGUUGUGCAAUUCAGUCACCUUGGGACCUUUGAGGCCAUUCGUCUUGAUGACCCGAAAAUAAACUCCAUCUCUGACUUCAAAACGGCAGUGAAGAAUCUAAAGUGGAUUGCUGGGGGCACCUUCACACCCUCAGCUCUCAAGUUCACUUAUGAAACCCUCAUCAAGAACAGCAAGAGAGCCCAAGCCAAAGUGUCCGUAGUGGUGGUUACAGAUGGCCGCUAUGAUCCGAAAGAUGAAGAGGAUGGGUUCCAUUACCUUUGCAAUGAUAAAAGAGUGGUGGUGGAUGCCAUUGGGGUUGGUGAUAUGUUUAAUCGUACGUACAAUAACGAGACCCUGUCGUCGAUAGUGUGCAGAAAAGGAGGCCGUUCCGAGACGAUGAGGAGGUACGCUGACUUGGUGGCAGAAGACUUUCUAGUCAAAAUGGAGACUAAGCUCUGUCCUGAACCGGUGAUUGUGUGCCCUGAUCUCCCCUGUAAAAGCGAACCUGAUGUAUCCCCGUGUGUGCAGCGGCCAGUGGAUUUGGUAUUUCUACUAGAUGGCUCAGAGCGCCUUGGGACAGAUAACUUCCGUCAUGUCCGUGAAUUUUUGCAGAAGGUGGCAAACAGACUGGUGCUGGCCCGCAGCAAGGACGAUGAAAGACGAGCCCGCUUGGCUCUGAUAGAGUACGGCAAGAACGAGCAACGUCUGGCCUUCUCUCUUACACACAACCUUGACACUAUCUCUGCCGGUAUAGCUGACCUGACUUAUCUAGAUUCAUCCUCCACCGUGGAGCCCGCCAUCUCCUACGCCAUCAAUAACAUUCUGCUUAGGCAAACGAGACGCAAUGCAGAGAUUUCAUUUGUUUUCAUCACCGACGGCAUCACCGUCAUGGGCAACCUGACAGAGUCGGUUGAUGCCAUGCGCAAGGAACAGGUCGUCUCCACAGUGAUAGCUACAGGAAGCGAUGUUGAUGAAGAAGUUAUAAAGAAGCUGGCCAUAGGUGACCAGGACGCCAUCUUCAAAGUACAAGACUUGUCUAAUCUGUCUCGGUCCCGUUUUUUUGACCGUUUCAUCCAGUGGAUAUGUUAAAGAGAGACCACACUCAUGUGGACAUGAAGAUCACACUGAUGCUACUACUGGUAAUCUAACCUUUAAAAACUAUGAUUCUGCUACGUACUAUACAAUUUGCAAAUUACAUCACUGCCAACUGUAUUAAUCUUCAUUAUUUGUCACACAAAUACACAUACAAGUCAAGCAUUCUUCAUCAACCAUUAAGCUUUAAUGAUUAAAGAUAAUAAACCUGCUGUUUGUUGGA